CAAGUGAGCAAACUAGAAGAGGAGGGAAUCAAAAUGAUAGAUACUCAGCUAAUAAAAAUGGAAUGUGAAACAUAUUUUGUCUUUACUCUAGUCAACUUGGGAAUAGCACGAGUCUAACUUAAUACAGUUCUACUUUUUCUCCUGCUGAGUCAAGUCAACAACAAUCACUUUAUUUCAUAUCACCCUUCAGAUUCAUUCAUGUUUCAAGCAAUUCUUGAUGAAAAUUCUCAACUUGAGACAAUCAUGAUGCUGUACAUCAAGGCCAACAAGCUUCUUCUUCUGAUAGUAACAAUUCUGGUUUUAUCCUUUCUGGGCAUAGGUGUUAAUAUUGGAAGCCUGUUGGAAAACCUGAAAAACAUUGCAAAUGGAGGUGUUGCUGAUUUGAUCAGUGAUGCUGCUAUCAACUGUGGCUCUGUUGGGAGUGCAACUUCAGCUGAUGGCCGUGAAUGGAUCGGAGAAUCAGGCCUGAAAUUCAAGUUAUCGGGCGAAUCAAGAAGCUCUUCAUUCCGAGUUGGUGGGGGGAAUCAUAUUCCCUACAGGACUUCAAGAAUCUCUGCCACUGAGUUCAGGUACACAUUUGCAGUGAUUCCAGGUCAGAAAAUCGUCCGCUUACAUUUUUAUCCUGCUUCCUACAGUGGUUUUGAGAAAUGGAUAGACUGUUUCAGUGUCGAAGCGGGUCCCUUUACUCUCCUUAAGGACUACAGUCCUUCUCUUGCUGCUAAGACUUUGGCUAAAAAGUAUAUUAUUAAAGAAUUUUGCUUGAAUAUAGAAGAAUAUCACCGACAUCUGACCAUUACAUUCUAUGCGUCUUUGAUUGGAAAAUCCUAUGCUUUUGUGAAUGGUAUUGAGAUAAUUUCCCAUCCAACUGGCCUAUAUUACACUCCUGAAAAUGAGUGUGGAGCUCGUAUAGUUGGCCUAAGCAGCAAUAGGUUAUACAUUAUUGAUAAUAGCACUGCUCUUGAAGUGAUGCAUCGGUUUAACAUAGGAGGGGAAUCCAUAAACUCAAUGGAAGAUUUUAGGUUGUUUUGCCACUGGGAUGAAGAUACUGAUUAUUUGAUAGAUAGUCACAGAGCUCGUCGCGUGAGUCAUCUUGCCCUUAAGUUUAGGCAUCAAAACCUUCAGUCAUUUAUUGUGCCAGCAAAAAUUUACCAGACAUCCUGGAAACUAGAAGGAGCGAGCCAGGCGGUUUAUAACUUUACAUGGAAAGUACCAGUGGACUUGGGUUUUGGAUAUCUUGUCAGGCUCCAUUUCUGUGAGCUUGACUGCAGAAUGGCAGAGAGAGAGACAAGGUUGUUCAGUGUCCUUAUAAAUAAUCAGACUGUAGAAACAAAAGCCAGCGUGAUUGGAUGGGGUGGUGAUGUUGGAAUCCCGAUAUACAAGGACUAUUUAGUUUUAAUGGAAAGGGACGAUAGAGAAGGAAGCAGCAAGUCUGAUCACCUCUUGAUUUGUUUACAAUCAGUUGAUGAGUUAGUUUUUGGACUUCUCAAAGGGCUGGAGAUUCUCAAGUUGAGCAACCUUGAAAAUAAUUUAGCAGCUCAUACAAACCCUGUGUUUCCAAAAGGAUUGUCAACUUGUAGGACCCUGGAAAACAGACAUUUCUCCUCCCUGCUUGACCAAAAUGUUAUUGGUAGUGCCAUGGCUAUCCUCAUUGUUCUACUAAGCAUUUUAACCUAUAACUUGAGGAAAUUAUGGGAGGAGAAUAUCCAUGGAGGAAAGAGUUCCAAGUCUAGCUCAGUUGAACUAUCUUGUCGUUGGUUCUCCCUAGCUGAGAUCAAGUUAGCUACAGAAAACUUUAGUGAAGGCUGUGUCAUUGGGAAGGGUGGAUUUGGAAAAGUUUAUAAAGGUGUUAUUCCUGGUGUUUCACAAGCUGUUGCUAUAAAGAGGUUGAAUUUCUACUCCAGGCAAGGAGCCCGAGAGUUCUGGGCGGAAAUUAAAACACUUUCAAAACUGCGCCACAUUCAGCUUGUUUCCUUAUAG